AUACCGAACAAGUUUGCUGCUGCUAUGAGCUCAGCGGGCAGCCUCCAGUCCGGCUGCUGCCUUGUCUGUAGGUGGAAGGAAACAAAGGGAGUGCGAUGGAGUCGGAAAUAUUGAAGUUCAUCUGCGCCAAUCAAGGAGCAGUUAACACUGAUUAUUUGGUGUUUAAUUUCCCCGUUAGCGAUUUAACGAAUGUGUCGGAGAUCAUUUGUAACCGGGAGAAAUUUGCUUCGUGUUGUCCUUUUGGACAGCCGAAGGUGGUGGCCAGGACCAAACUGAGACUGUGCAGAGCCAAAGACUGCCAGGGAUCGUGCAAAUGGCUACACCUGUGUAAACAGUUCCUCUUCAGCGGAUCCUGUCAGUUCAGUCGGUCGAGGAGAGGAUGCAACUUCUCCCAUGAGCUCGACUCUGAUCACAAUGAGGGGAUACUGAAAAAGCAUGAGCUGGAGAAUCUGAGCAGGUCGGAGCUGUGCACACUGCUGCUGCAGAGCGACGACACGCUCCUGCCUCCUAUAUGUUACGAUUACAACAAUGGUGAUGGGGAGUUUGGCCGGUGUCAGGAAGCCAAUGAUUGCAAGAGACUGCAUAUCUGUGAGAGGUACCUGAACCGCGACUGCAGCUGCUCCAGGACUCAUGAUUUUAACUCUCUACAGCCAUUAAAAAGCCUGCAGAAUAAAGGCGUGCCUGACAACCUCAUUUGCUCCAUGAAGUCUGUUUAUGCAAAUAAAGUGGCUUUGAGGUACUCUGACAACAAAGGCAACCGUCAACCAAACUCUUCCACCUAUGAAUUCGCUGCUAAUGCGAGCGGCAACGAUGGUCUGAAUUUACAACAAAGGCAGUGGCACAGAGGGAGAGGUGGUUACCAGGGCAACAGAGGAAACAGGGGCAACAGAGGAAACAGGGGAAACAGAGGAAAAAGGGGCAACAGAGGAAACCGGGGCAACCUUCAGCAACACACCUGUUCCACCAGUGACAUCCUUACUGUCAUCAAUGACUUAGAUCUGUAUGGUGACGAGGGACCAAACGAAGGCAACAGUGACCAGCAGCAACUAUACUCUUCCACCAGUGACGUCUCCGCUGCUGCCAACGACACUGAUACGAGCAGCGACGAUGGCCAGAACAGAAAACAAACACGAAAUCGCAAUAAAACUUCAACAGCUGUCAGAGGGAGAGGUGACAACAGGGGCAACCAUCAACCGCUGCAACGAACCCGUUCCACUAAUGACGUCUCUGGUGCUGUCAACGACAAUGCAAACAGCAAUGAUGGACCGAACAAAAGAGAAAGGCAAAGACCUGUCAGAGAUAAAACUGAGAUAUGCAUGUACUUCAUCAAAGGACACUGUAUACAUGAGGGCCGAUGUUUUAAAGCUCAUGACAAGAUGCCGUACAGAUGGCAGAUCAAAGAGGAUGAUCAAUGGACCGCCUUGCCUGAUAAUGAGACGAUUGAGAAGGACUACUGUGACCCUAAAAACACAUACAGUAGCAGCAGCCCACCUGUGCAUUUUGACACGAUGACCCGUGGGCCGAACAAAGUACGACGACUCUCUACCGUUAACGCUUUGCUCGAGCCAAACUUUAUCCACACCACUGAGUGGGUUUGGUACUGGGAGGAUGAGUUCGGAAAGUGGAACAUGUACGCUACUGGUGGACACAGACCAGCAGACAUGGACAGCGCUAAACUGGAGCAGAAGUUUCUGGACAAUGAUAAAGAUGUUGUGGAGUUCACCGCCGGUUCACAGUCAUAUUCACUCAGUUUCCAGGACAUGAUACAAACAAACAAGCACUAUGGAACUAAGAGGAUUGUGAAAAGACGGCCCCUGUUUGUCUCCGCAGCUGAUGUCCAAACAAGGAGAGUGAGAAGGCCUCUUGGUCAACCAAAUUUUACCACUAUACCAGACCACUGGGACAAGACACAGAUUCCUCAAACAGGAUUCAGGCGAGUCUCCCUCCUGCGCUCCUCAGAUGAAUUUAAGGAGAUUGAAGCUCUUUUCUGUAAAACCAUGAGAGGCUUUGACAUCGUCAGACUCGAGAGGAUUCAGAACAAACCUCUUUGGGAAGUCUUUCAGUGGCAGAAAAAUCAGAUGAAGAACAACAACGGUGGGCGUAAUGUGACAGAAAAAAGGCUUUUUCAUGGCACUGACUCUAAAUACGUUGACAUCAUCUGCCACACCAACUUUGACUGGAGAAUCUGUGGAACUCAUGGAACUGCUUUUGGCAAAGGUAGUUACUUUGCCCGGGAUGCCAAAUACUCCCACAGCUACACCAGUGACUCUGACGUCAAAUCCAUGUUCGUCUCACGACUGCUGGUGGGAGACUACACCAGAGGGUCCUCCGACUACCGCCGACCUCCUUCCAAGGACGGCGGGGACAUAAACUUCUUUGACAGCUGUGUAGAUGACGUUAUAAACCCUUCCAUCUUUGUUGUGUUUGAGAAGCACCAGAUCUAUCCCGAGUACCUGCUGCAGUACAAGACCACGCACCCGCUCGUUGAUUUAUAUGGUGCUGUACCACCGGCACCGAGGCCAGCUCCCAAACCCAGAGUAUCAGUUUAUCAACCCACAGUACCGGCCCCGAGACCAGCUCCCCAACCCAGCGUAUCAGUUUAUCAACCCACAGUACCGGCACCGAGACCAGCUCCCCAACCCAGCACACUGUCUUACAGCCCCAGCCCCUCUUACCAAUACCAACCCAGCAGAACAGUUACCCAUUUCACACAAUCUUCUCCACCUUCCUCCCCAACCCCGAAAGCAAAGAAAGCUGAUACGUGUGUCAUUGCUUAGGGACAAAGGUUAAGUGAGGGCAGGUGUGUUUUUAUCGGAAUGGAUGACGGCAUUUGAAGGAGCUUGAUGGAGUGUGCAAUGAGUAGAGUGGCUUUUAUGCAGCUUAAAGUGCUUAUUUAUGAGGAAGACCUAAUUAUUAAUCACACAGAUAAAAACAGUCAAGUAGAAAAAAACUACAGUGAACAGGAAAUAUUAAUGACAAGUUUACCGUUGCCAAGUUUCCAUCCAAAUGUAGUGAAUAAAUGCAUUUUCCAUCCACUGCUGUUAUGCAAAUAUUUCCAUUAAACCAUUGUAGAAGAAGAGGGCACAACAAGAAGACGGAAUUAAAGAUAAAGAGCCCAGUCAAACUUUAAAUGAACAAAAACUAUGUAGAAAACAUGAUGGAAAUGUAGCAUUUAUGUUUGUUUCCUGUAUUAAUUUGAGGAAUGUUAGUCUCCUCAUCGCUCCACACAUAUCUGAUGUUUUCAUCUACGUUAUGAUUUUUCACUAUUCACUAUUCGCUGUGUUUCUGUUGCACUUUGUCGCAUUUUGCUUUUAUCAAUACACAAACUUUAACACCUCAGCCAGGCAUAAAAACUUUUUUGCGAUAUUUCAACUUAUUCAGAAUUUUGGGGAUUUCCACUCAGGUGUUUUUUAUGCGCAAAUUUAGAAUCCGCACAAACACGUGCUUGGAAUAGCGCUUAUUAUGGAGUGGUUUAUCGAAAUUAACAAAAAUACAUAUGAAAUUAAUUUCAGUCAGCAAUUUGCUCAGGAAAUGCACAUCACAAUAGCAUUUAAAUACUCAUGUUCAAUGAUUUAUAAUAAAAGAAAUACAUCAUAUUUAGUAAUUUUUGCAGGAAGAGACGCUGCUGCAUAGCUCCCCAACCAGUAGAAGGCGACAAAAUUCCUUGUCGAUAUUUAUAAAACGCACCACUUGCAGAUUUUGUGUUGAGUGUUUCAUUUUCUUAACAGUACGAUUCCACUACAACUAAAAAUAUUGCCAUUACCCAAAUUGUUGUACUGUUUGCAAACACUUCUGAUUUUGUGCAUUGAAAAUUAAUGUAAUAUUCACGUUAAUUGCACACAAAAGACUGUUUAAUUUUCAGGUUUGCAUUAUAUGGCUUUGUUCGUUACAGUUGGAGCUGCAUUUCUCUCUCUGUCUGUCUCAUAAGUGAAUUGAAGACGCCACCAGCGGUCAGGUUGGGCCUCUUAGUGACAUGAGGCAGGGCAUGAAAAAUUACCAAUAUGGCUGCCGGUGCUUCCUGUGACAUUAGGCCUGCAAAUCAUCCCCCCACUCAACACACACACACCAGUAUACAUACACUAGCAACUGCCUCCUGUUGUGUUUCCUGACAAACUGCAGUGUGAUUGUGAAUAUGUUUGCAUGUUAAGAUGAGAUUUCAUAGAUAUGCGCCCUGACUUUUUCAUUGAAUCAUUCCACAAGCUGAAAAAUGCUUUACACAAAAUCGAUUUACACUAAAGCUUAACACUAAUUUGUGCAAUAUCUGCAAUGGGUUUUACUAUGCUUCUUAGAUGUUUUGAGUUUAUGUAAUGAUUUAUAUUACUGUAUGAAUAUUAAGACAAUUUGUUCUAAAACAGAAGGCAUUUCUCCAUUCCAUGUGCUGAUUUUUUACUGUAUUCAAAAUUACAAGACCACCAAACCCUGGUCCAGAUGUGCUCUGAUCAGGGCAAAUGUAAACAAUAAAUGCACUUAAAUAAACUGCUUUGGUUUGGACCAAAGAAAAUUUGAAUUAAA